GCGAGAUAUUUUGAUUCCCCUUCGCGAGAUAUUUUCAAGGAGGCUGCUUGCUUCCUCUUCGUUCUUCUUCUAGGGUUUCUCAAAGUUUAAUCAUGGGGGAUGUGGAGUACCGCUGUUUCAUUGGAGGUCUUUCUUGGUCAACCAAGGAUGAUGAUUUGAGAUAUGCAUUUGAGAAAUUUGGUCGUCUGUCUGAGGCGAAGGUUGUUGUUGAUCGAUUUUCUGGCCGUUCUCGUGGAUUUGGCUUCAUAACCUUCGAUGAGAAGAAGGCAAUGGAAGAUGCCAUUGAUGCAAUGAACGGAAUUGAUCUUGAUGGCCGAUCUAUCACCGUUGACAAGGCUCAGCCUCAAGGCUCUGGGGGUGGUGGCAGAGACCGCGAUGGAGGUGAUCGUGGCUAUGAUCGUGGUGGUCGUGAUCGUGAUCGCAGCAGUCGUGACUAUGGCGGCGGAGGAGGAAGAGGUUCUGGUGGCGACUGCUUCAAAUGUGGCAAGCCCGGGCAUUUUGCUCGAGAGUGUCCAAAUGGUGAUGAGGGUAGUAGAGGAGAUAGGUAUGGGGGGAGGGAAGAUAGGUAUGGUGGUGGUGGUGGAGGUGGGAGUCGACAUGGAUCGGAUCGCAAUGGGGAUCGAUAUGGUGGUGGUGGAAAGAGUAGGGAUGGAGGGAGUCGUGGUGGAUCGGGAAGUGAUAGAUAUGGUCGUGAUCGAUCUGGACCUUAUGAACGCCCUAGUGGUGGAGGGUAUCGUUCUUGAUGAAUUGUGCUUCUGCCUGGAGCCAUGGGGAACUGGAGCAGAAUGUCCUGAAGCCAAUGGGUGGCGAUUCACAGACCAUGUCAAAGAUUGGAUGGAUGCCACUGUUUCAGUUUUGGCUAUUAUGAUCUUUAGACUCGUGUGAUAAGUUAACUUGGUGCUUUACUUGUUUGACUUGCUACCUGGAUUUCGUUCUAUUAAUCUCUGCAUAGUGUGGUGCUUGACUUUGGUUUAUAUGGCUAGCAGUACUUUAUUGUGCCCUUGGAUUUUUGGUUUGUUCA